AGUCAUCUAGCUCAGACAGCUAGCCUUCUGUGGUCGACAUUUGAUAUGAUAAUAUAAAAAAGCUGUGAUCAUGGCGGGUUCCGUGUCUAAUUUAGAAGUCUGCGAUUUAGCCUAUUCUGGAAAAAUUGAUGAAGUAAAAAAAUGCAUCCUUUCCGAUAAAUCAUUGGCCACUAAAACGGAUCAGGACCAGAGAACAGCUCUACACUGGGCCUGUUCUGCUGGCCACACAGACAUUGUAUCAUUUCUGUUGGACCUUGGUGUCGAAGUGAACAUAAAUGAUGAUGCUUGCUGGACUCCCCUUCAUAUUGCAGCUUCAGCUGGCAGAGAGGAAAUUGUGCGAUCCCUGAUAUCCAAAGGGGCUCAACUGAAUUGUGUCAACCAGAAUGGCUGUACACCUCUGCACUAUGCAGCAUCAAAGAAUAAAUUUGAAAUAGCACGCAUGUUGCUGGAAAAUGGUGCCGAUCCCAAUGUCACAGAUAAACUGGAAUCCACUCCAUUACACAGAGCCUCCGCUAAAGGGAACUAUCGCCUGAUUCAGCUUCUGCUGGAACAAAGUGCUUCAACAAACAUCCAAGAUUCUGAAGGAAACACUGCCUUGCACUUGGCUUGUGAUGAAGAAAGAGUAGAGGCUGCAAAACUGCUUGUGGAACAUGGAGCCAGCAUUUACAUUGAGAAUAAGGAAGAGAAGACCCCUCUGCAAGUUGCUAAAGGAGGACUGGGAGCACUGCUUAAGAGGAUUGUUGAGGGUUGAUUAUAUCCUACCCAUCUGUGAAAGAACUUUUGCAGUACCCUGUAAGAAUAUACAGCUAUAUCUUGAGCUGUCGAGAGAGGAACGAAAUAGCCUCUUGUACGAUUCCAUAGGAGUGUUAAACAAACAAGCAAAAAACAUGCUCCUAUAUCUGCAACUUGAACUACAUAAAGAUGUCCACCAUGUAGUGUGUUAAUUCCAGUUGUUCUAUUUGUUUUGUUGGAAAAGGUCCAAUAUAAAAGCUUGCACUUACUUUAAACAGAGUGUACUUAAAUCCUAUUAUUAAUUUGGUAUUUAUGCAUUGCAUAACUAUUAAGUAUUUGUUUGAUGUUAAUGAUAACUAUAGGUCUGUUUUACAACCUUGCUGUUGGCUCUUGGCUGUUCACACUGAUAUUAAGUGUAUGCAUUUUGUAUGGAAUGAUUUUACUUGCUUUGACCAAAAUGUACAUAAAAAUAGUAGGAAAUGAA